AUGCUUUCCACUACUCUCAGAAAUAACACCCGUUUCGCCGGUAAAAGGGCCGUUUCCGCUGCCACUGGUGCUGUUCGUACCAAGGUGUCCCUUCCUGAUUUGGAUUGGGAUUACGCUGCUUUAGAACCUUACAUUUCUGGACAAAUUAACGAGAUCCACUACACCAAACAUCAUCAAGCUUACGUCAACGGUUACAAUGCCGCCAUUGAACAACAAGCAGAAGCCAAGGCUAAAGGUGACGUCAAGAAGACUGUUGAAUUGCAAAAGCUCAUCAACUUCAACGGUGGUGGUUACACCAACCAUUGUCUCUUCUGGAAGAACUUGGCUCCCCCAAAGCAAGGUGGUGGUGAACCUCCAUCUGAUGAAAGUGAGUUUGCUAAGAAGAUCAUCGAGCAAUACGGUUCUUUGGAUGAAUUGAAGUCAGUUACCAACAGUAAGUUAGCUGCCAUCCAAGGUGCUGGUUGGGCUUUUAUUGUCAAGAAUAAGGAAAAUGGUGGUACUUUGGAUGUUGUCACUACUGCUAACCAAGAUACUGUUACUGGUCCCUUGGUUCCAUUGGUGGCUAUCGAUGCUUGGGAACAUGCUUACUACUUGCAAUACCAAAACGUCAAGCUUGACUACUUCAAGAACAUUUGGAAUGUUAUCAACUGGAAGGAAGCCGAAAAGAGAUACUUGGUCAAUUAA